AUUUCAUCAUAGUGUAUUGAAGUGUGGUGAUUACAAUUAUUGACAGUGUGUCGAAAGUCCUAAAUUCCAAAAAAUUAUACCGACAAAACAUGGGUCUCUCAAAAAAUGUUCGAGCGGAGGUGUGUCAAGCGACACACCUCCCUAACACAUGGGUCCGCCCCUGCACCUACGGUGUAGCUAUGGCCGAUGGAAGCCAAAUAGUCAGCAAGAUAGUUUCCCUCUCUGUAAACAUGCUCUAGCUGAACCUGCCAAGGAUACUGAAGCCAACGUCGUAUCUCGACAAUGGCUACAAAGUGAGGAUGCUGAUGUCAAGCCGUCUCGAUGAGAGUCUUUGCUAUAAGCGAGUCAGUCUGUAAAAUUACCUACCUAGCCCCUAGUUCCCAGGUAAGUUUCAGUCCCUGCACAAUCCCAGUAAGCUCUGCACGGGUUAUGGAAACCCCUCUCAGGUUCGCGGUAAAAGCUCCGAUAAAACGACCAUCGCCUCCCCUAACGAUGCCGCCAGCUGCCGUGCUAGAAGGAGAGUGAAUAACCGAACCAUCAGUGUUCAGGCAUACCCAGUCCUGUGGUGGUGACUGCCAACAGAUCAAUCGUCUCUCUUGAGGUCCCCCUCCCCCAAACGUGGUGGUCUCCUUCGCGAAAGCAGCAAGGUCUGCUGCUUUAGCUGUUUCGUAUGGAACUGGAUUUGGGCAGUGGACUUUAACUCACCUUGGAACACGUGGCCAUUCUGGUUUUUUAACAGAAGCCAAGUUGUGCAAGUGAAGAGGGUGCUAUCCACUACAGUACUGCGCCUUGCAAUAUAAUGAAAUAACCAUUGACGCAAGGGUUGGUCGAAGAAGUCCGCAUCAGGUUUGGAAUCAAGCAGGUCAACUGAUGACUCGGUAUUUGCACAUGUUUUCCCCUUUGUUUCUUGAUUGUUUGAGCUUGAAUUAUUGCGUCUUUGGCCUAUUUUAUGCUAGGUUGUGUUCCUUUGUCCCAUUUCAGGUCCUAGCACAUAAAGUGAAGCAUAGGCGCAAGUUUCAAGUCAAUCAGAGAUCAAUUGACGAUUCGAGAGAAGAAACUCGGGCAUGACCUGAAGAAGAAUGGAUUUCUACCUCACUUUAUGGACAAAGAAUCAUGCAAGCUUGUUAUGAAACGAAAGAGGACGAGACUACGAGCGUCUGGGAUCAAACGGCGAUUGAUUCGGAGUCCGGACGAGGGAGAAACGAAGCAUUAAACAGAGGCUGAGCAAGCUGCACGGGCAGACCAGCGUUGCCACGCACGGCCGUGCAAUUGACCAGUUUGGCCGUGCGGGAUUGUGCGUGGGCACGCACGGGAUUGUGCGUGGCCACGCACGGCCGUGCAACAUACAAUUCUGGCCGUGCGAGUUGGCUGAGGUUCAACUAAUUGAUACGCCGCGUUUUGAGGUGCACGGCCAGAAUGGUGAUGUGCACGGCCGUGCACUCUGGCCGUGCGAGUCGGGAUUUUCUCCUUUUAAGCAGAAUUUCAGCCACAAUUCGGGGGGAUUCGAGUUUUGGAGAGAGAGAUCAGUUCCUAGAGAGAGAAAGUGACGAGCAAGAGUUCCCAAGUGCCCUAGAUUGAUCUUCAACACCAUUGGAGGCCAGCUUGAGCUUGGAGGAGUGCCAAUCAACGUCCAGAAGCAGGAAUCCAUCCUUCGCAGUAUGAAUUCCGUGUCUGAUUCUGCUUUUGCUUUCUUCUCUAUGGAGUAGUUCUCCCAUUCAUCUGGGUAUGGAGAACCCUAGAUUUGUAUGUUAGGCUUUGAUUGUAUGAACCCAAGUACUGAUUCUGUGAUUGAUUAUAUUCGAUUGAGGUUUUAAUGAUUGAAUGACUUGAAUCCUGAUCAAAUUCCUGUUGUUUCUGCUUUAACCUAGAAUGAGAAUAUCUGCCUAGGUUAAUAGAGUAUCCUUGAUUGAAGGUAGGGAGUUGGUGACUUUAGUCGAGGAGCCAACCCACUAUUCUGUACCGGAUUUACUCCGGUAGUGGAGGUUUUGUUCUUAGGGCCUCAAUCUGUCGACUCCGGUGGAGGUUAGUCGCCCGCUAGAGAGUCAGAUUGAGAGGGUCUGAAGACCUUUAGUCGAGACUUCAGGCUGUUUGAGAACCUUCCGCAGUAUAACUGUCAUAGAAACUGAACUUGGUAAUUACAAUCCGGCUUAACUGCAGUCUAGGGGGAACCAUAUCCGGGUGACCUCUUUAACCUGAAUACAACCGUUUACUUGCUUUGUUUGUUUGGUAGAUUAGACUUGCACUCCAGUUUUAUUGCUAGAUAACAAGAACUCACUGAGUAGUCAUCAGAUCUAGGACCCGGGUUGAUAAUUAAACCUAAACCCGCUAUACUACGCUUUAGGAAGUGGUUACACUUGGCCAAUUCCUGGAGUGACAGUAGAGUCGAGUCAAGUUUUUGGCGCCGUUGCCGGGGACGGCUAGGUUGUUGAAGAAAAGUGAUUUCUGUUAAUUUAGCUUUUCUUUUUGCUUUGUUUUCUUUGUCCCACUUGUGCCUUCACGGGUUUGUUGCUUGAGUGUGUGCAGGUAGUGCAUGACCCGUAGCCAGUCGGGAGGUUUACUGCCGUUGAAUCCAGAGAUUGACCGCACCUGUCGCCAGCUCAGGAGACAACAGCGAGCUAGACUGGCUACGGAAGAGCGCAUAGACGGCCACCUGAGCAGCGAUUCUGAAGAAGAGCACGGAAUGGACGGAGACUACAAUCAGCACCAGGGGAAUCCCCCGGUGAAUCAGGUCCUGGGGAACAACCCCAUACCCCAGGAUCAUGGAGCUCAUCAUCCACCGCAGCCGGGUCCCACCCUGGAGUACUACUACACUCCGCGGAUUGCUGACAUCCGCCCGGUCAUCCUCUACCCGCCGAUCCCAGCAAACAGCUUUGAGAUCAAGCCAUGCUGGAUUCAGCUCAUCACAUCUUCUAUCCAGUUCCAUGGCUUGAAGAAUGAGGAGGCCAGGGUGCAUCUUUCCCGUUUUCUGCAGCUGACAAACGGGUUCAAGCUGAACGGUGUCCCGGAUGAUGCGAUCCGCCUUCAUCUCUUCCCCCAUUCUCUGGCGGGGAAUGCUAAGAGGUGGUUGGAGACCCAGCCCCCAUUGUCCAUCACCUCUUGGGACGAUCUGGCUGACAAGUUCGUGCACAGGUACUAUCCGGCAUCGAAGACUACAGAGAUUCAGCGGGAGAUCACUCAUUUCCGCCAGGAGCCAGAUGAGUCACUCCGUGAUGCUUGGGAGCGGUACAUGGGCUACUUCUGGCAGUGCCCCCACCAUGGCUUUAGUGAUGCUUUCACUGUGGGGAACUUCUACAGCGCUCUCUCCCCAGAUAGCCAGAGGGUGAUUGAGUCUUUAUGCCCAGGAGGGGAUAUUCUUACCAAGACUCCACCCGAGCUGAACCAGAUGAUCAGUACUUUGGCUGCCAGAGAUCAUUCUUGGGGACAGGGUAGCCGAGGCAGACAGUCCCGGGACCGUGGUGUGCACGCCAUGGAGACCAGAUCCGGGCUCGAGCAGCAGGUAGCUGAACUGGUGCAGACAUUGAAGCAGCCCAACAGUCUUCUUCCGGGCAGAGGUAUGGCUACACCUCCAGUUGCUCAGUGUCAGUGGUGUGAGAGCUCGAGCCACUUAGUAGAAGACUGCCAGGCUAUGAGGGAGUCUACUACUCCCCAGGAGCAGUUGGACUUCAUCGCCAAUGCUCGGCGCCGCGACCCGUACAGCAACACCUAUAAUGAGGGGUGGCGCCAGCAUCCCAACUUCUCUUGGGGCAGUAACACCACCAAGCCACCUGGUUUCCCAGCACCAGCUGGUGGCUUUCAGCAGAGGCAACCCUAUCAGCCUAGACAGGGUCCAGUUCCUCAGCAGCAGCCCUACCAGCCUAGGCAAGGGCAGCCAUUCCAGCAGCCCCAGCGCCAGUUUGCCGAGCCAGCAGCAGCUCCAGCCCCAGAUGACAGGAUGACGAAGCUGGAAAACAUUCUAGCUUCAUUCAUGACUAGCACCCAGGCUGCUAUCACAUCACUGGAGGCAGGUCAGCGGAACCAGGGUGCUAUUUUGCAGGAUCUGCAGACCCAGGUGGGCAUCUUGGCCCGCCAGAACACCACCAGGGCACCAGGGACUUUGCCUGCCACCACUGUUCCUAAUCCUCGAGAUCCUCACCAGCAUCAGCAGCUGGAUGCCAUUUUUACUAGGAGCGGUAAGACCAUAUCUGCUGAUCCUGUCCCGGCCAGACAGGAGGAACCACUACCGGCUUCAGCACUUCCAGCCGACGAUGCAGAAGUGCGGGUGGAGAAGGAAGCCCCUGCUCCCAAGCCACAACCAAUGGUUAAGGAGCAUGUACCCCAGCUUCCCUUCCCCACUCGCCUACACAAGGACAAGCUGGAGACUGAGUUUGCCAAGUUCAUGGCAAUGUUGAAGCAGCUCAACAUCAGCAUACCGUUCAUGGAGGCACUGUCGAAGAUGCCCAAGUAUGCCAAGUUCAUGAAAGAUCUCUGCACCAACAAGAAGAAACUUGGGGAUCUCUCAACAGUGAUGCUGAGCGAGGAGUGUUCUGCUAUCCUGCAGAACAAGCUGCCCGAGAAGCGCAAGGAUCCAGGGAGUUUUACUAUCCCUCUUACUAUUGGCAGUAUGCAUGUAGGAAAGUCCUUGGCGGACCUAGGUGCUAGCAUAAAUGUCAUGCCAUAUAAGUUGUUUAAAAAGCUAGACCUAGGUGAACUUAGCCCUACUAGGAUGAGCAUUCAGCUAGCUGAUCGUUCUAUCGUGCAUCCUAGGGGAAUCAUAGAGGAUUUGCUUGUCAAUGUCGGUGCAUUCACAUAUCCUGUUGAUUUCGUUAUUCUUGAUGUGCAUGAGGAUGUGGAUGUGCCUUUGAUUCUAGGUAGGUCAUUUCUUGCCACCGCCAAGGCACUUAUUGAUGUGCAUGAUGGUACAUUGAUCUUGCGUUCUGGGAAUGAACAGGCUACUUUUUCUGUGACUGAGUUUGAUCACUGUGCUAUGAUUGAUGUCACGCCUGUGCAUGUUAUGUCUGAUCAGAUACACGAGCCUGUCGUAUACCCUUCUGCACCUCCUAUUUUGCAGGACCCUCCUAUCAUUCCUCCGCCGCCACUCCAUCCAGCCUCACCUCCGAACAAAAAGCUCAAGGAGGAGUGGCGGCCGAAGCAGCAGGUUGCUAAGCCUGCACGGAAGAAGAGUGGAGACCACUAUGAGCUGGUCCCACCUCCUGCACCACGACCACCCUGGCCGUCCGGGUACUCGCUCACCUGCAUCUUGCCAGAUGGGCAGGUCGAGCUGACUGAUGAUGGUGGUCGCAUCCGUCGGGUGCAUGGCCACAACCUGAAGCUGUACCUCAAGAGCGACGUGGAUCCGCUCUUGGAGGCACCUGUUCCUGCACCGCCCUGAGUAUCCACCAUGGGCGUCCAGCUAAUACGACGGUAAAGAAGCGCUUGUGGGGAGGCAACCCCACCACGGUUUGAUUUUCUUUCUUGUUUUUUGAGUCGGAUUGUAACCCGGCUUGGGUUUGGUUUGUUUUCUUUUAGUUUGGAUGAUAUUUUAUUGGGCUGACCAUUGAACCUAACAUACUGUGCUUGAGCUCUUCUGUUCCCCUUUGGCUGUGCUUGCUCCGACUGGCCCGUUUCUAGUCCCCUGCAGUCCGUGCAUACCGGUAACAUCGUUCCCUUAUCCUUCCCUCUUCUCCAUUGAGGGCAAUGUCGAGCUUAAGUGUGGGGGGAUGUUUAUCUUUUGACUGCAUUAGAUCUGUUUGUGUGCUUGGAGCCUAGUCCACUGUCCAAAUUUUUAAAAUUUGAGGGCUCCAAGUACGUGUUUCCUUGCAAUUGCCUGCUCAGUAUGCUUUGAAUUGACAGUCUUUAUAGUGAUAUGCAACCUAGGGAGGUAGUGUAGCACUAUGGAGGAUGUUGAUGCAUUUAAGAAGUCUCAUUUCUUCUUCAUAUUGUGUUGGUUGAUUGAGUGAAUUAGUGAUCUUAGGACCCUUUGAAUUGUGUGGUGUUGUGGAUUCUCUGCCUGUCAUGGACUCUUGUGUCAUGUUUUGAAAAUAACAGGUGCUCGAUAAUGUGCUUCAAAAUAAACGUCUCCCGUGCGAAUAGGGCGAAAGUGUGUAAGGGGAGACGGGAAUCCGUUCCCAAUUUCCACCUACUACCUCCAGCCCCCUUACAUGUCUUUCCCCCGCACGAGGCUCGAGACAUUCGCUCCUGGCAUGGCCGGUAAGAGCAGGUUGGGACCCUUGAAAAGAAAAAAAGAAAAGAAAAAUAACAGAAAACAAGCAAAACAGAAAAAAGGGGUUCCAACCAUCUUCAAAGAAAAUCGAGCACUUUGAAAAAUGUGAGUCCAUGAUCUUUUGUUUUUGAGAAUCUCUUCAUCCACAAUUCAUUUGUCCUCUGUUCACUGUUUGCCAUGAUGCCGACUGACCGAAGAAGCUAUGAGAUGACUUGUGCGUCGGUUGACCUCGUAAGCUGCUAAAUGAUCUAGGAAGUCCUCUACCUACGAUCUAGGUUGUUUGUUGCUAUAGAGGUCUGGAGAGUUGCAUUGGUUUGAGUUAGGUUUGCUUGGGGACAAGCAAACGGUUAAGUGUGGGGGGAUUUGAUGACUCGGUAUUUGCACAUGUUUUCCCCUUUGUUUCUUGAUUGUUUGAGCUUGAAUUAUUGCGUCUUUGGCCUAUUUUAUGCUAGGUUGUGUUCCUUUGUCCCAUUUCAGGUCCUAGCACAUAAAGUGAAGCAUAGGCGCAAGUUUCAAGUCAAUCAGAGAUCAAUUGACGAUUCGAGAGAAGAAACUCGGGCAUGACCUGAAGAAGAAUGGAUUUCUACCUCACUUUAUGGACAAAGAAUCAUGCAAGCUUGUUAUGAAACGAAAGAGGACGAGACUACGAGCGUCUGGGAUCAAACGGCGAUUGAUUCGGAGUCCGGACGAGGGAGAAACGAAGCAUUAAACAGAGGCUGAGCAAGCUGCACGGGCAGACCAGCGUGGCCACGCACGGCCGUGCAAUUGACCAGUUUGGCCGUGCGGGAUUGUGCGUGGGCACGCACGGGAUUGUGCGUGGCCACGCACGGCCGUGCAACAUACAAUUCUGGCCGUGCGAGUUGGCUGAGGUUCAACUAAUUGAUACGCCGCGUUUUGAGGUGCACGGCCAGAAUGGUGAUGUGCACGGCCGUGCACUCUGGCCGUGCGAGUCGGGAUUUUCUCCUUUUAAGCAGAAUUUCAGCCACAAUUCGGGGGGAUUCGAGUUUUGGAGAGAGAGAUCAGUUCCUAGAGAGAGAAAGUGACGAGCAAGAGUUCCCAAGUGCCCUAGAUUGAUCUUCAACACCAUUGGAGGCCAGCUUGAGCUUGGAGGAGUGCCAAUCAACGUCCAGAAGCAGGAAUCCAUCCUUCGCAGUAUGAAUUCCGUGUCUGAUUCUGCUUUUGCUUUCUUCUCUAUGGAGUAGUUCUCCCAUUCAUCUGGGUAUGGAGAACCCUAGAUUUGUAUGUUAGGCUUUGAUUGUAUGAACCCAAGUACUGAUUCUGUGAUUGAUUAUAUUCGAUUGAGGUUUUAAUGAUUGAAUGACUUGAAUCCUGAUCAAAUUCCUGUUGUUUCUGCUUUAACCUAGAAUGAGAAUAUCUGCCUAGGUUAAUAGAGUAUCCUUGAUUGAAGGUAGGGAGUUGGUGACUUUAGUCGAGGAGCCAACCCACUAUUCUGUACCGGAUUUACUCCGGUAGUGGAGGUUUUGUUCUUAGGGCCUCAAUCUGUCGACUCCGGUGGAGGUUAGUCGCCCGCUAGAGAGUCAGAUUGAGAGGGUCUGAAGACCUUUAGUCGAGACUUCAGGCUGUUUGAGAACCUUCCGCAGUAUAACUGUCAUAGAAACUGAACUUGGUAAUUACAAUCCGGCUUAACUGCAGUCUAGGGGGAACCAUAUCCGGGUGACCUCUUUAACCUGAAUACAACCGUUUACUUGCUUUGUUUGUUUGGUAGAUUAGACUUGCACUCCAGUUUUAUUGCUAGAUAACAAGAACUCACUGAGUAGUCAUCAGAUCUAGGACCCGGGUUGAUAAUUAAACCUAAACCCGCUAUACUACGCUUUAGGAAGUGGUUACACUUGGCCAAUUCCUGGAGUGACAGUAGAGUCGAGUCAUCAACCCACGUCCUCUAGCCAUCGAAAAAUGUGAAAAUAAUAAGUGGACAAUAGUUUUCGGUCCAAAAUUUUAUUGGCCAUAUAACACAGUAUUUUUGGUGGGUUUUGGGUCCAAUGUUCCCACCUAUAACACAGGUAAUUGAUAUCACUUGCAUUGAAGUUCUUCUAUUUAUUACAAUAUUUAAGAAACUAACAUCUAUGUUUUAUAUGUAGAUAAGUGGUGGAAAUGGUUUGGCAUUGAUGCUCCAAAUAUUCAGAAGUUGGCUAUUCGAAUUCUUAGCCAAACUGUUGCUUCUUCUGGUUGUGAACGUAAUUGGAGUGUCUUUGAAUGUGUGCAUACCAAAAGAAGAAACAGAUUGCAACAUAAAGUGCUUAGUAACUUGGUGUUUGUGAAUUACAAUUUGCGAUUGCUGAAUAGGUAAUGAUUUGAAUUAUAGAACUUGUGUGUUGAAUUCAUAGUUUGUAUGCUUACUAUUGAAUUGAAUUAUAUUAUGUUUUCUACUUUGAUUAGGGAGUAUUAUACCAAGAACAAAAAAGAAUCAUAUGAUCCCAUAAGCCUAGAAAGCAUUGAUUCUACUGUUACUAGUCACUGGUUGUUAGAAGGGGAAGAAGGUUCAUCUUCUAGGGAAAAGGAAUUGGAUAUUGAUGAGCUGGAUCGAGCAUUAGAAGAGGAAGGUUUGUUUGUAAAUCAAUUAUGUAUGAUAUGAAUUCUAAUACUAAUAAUUGAUAAUAAUUCUUACUUGUUUUCUCUUGUAUUGUAGUUGGUGAUGAAGAAGAUGAAGGGGACGACUUGCAGAAUGUAGACUUAUAUACAUUUGGUGUUGUUUGAUGAUAUGAAACGUUGUAGUGUUUGCUAGUUUGUGUUUGUGGUAGUUGUGAACUUGUGGUUUGAGAAUGUUGUUUGAACUUGUGGUUUAAGAAUGUUGUUUGGUUGUUUUGUACUCGAUCGUAAACAUGCAUUUGAACGAUUAUGUAGUUAAUUCAGUAAUGUUGCAGUUUGUUUAUUUUUAGAUUAAAUAGGUUUAAUACACUUGUAUAUCCAAAACAUUCACGGUUGUGCCAAUAAUAUCCAAAUUUCCCGGAAUACCACUUAUAUCCAUGUUUUAAAGUUGUUCUUUGCCAAAUCUAUCCAUUUCCCAAUAUAUUUUUGGUUAAAUACACUUGUAUAUCCAAAAACACCGUUAAAGAAUGUGAAGGAAUUGGAUAUAAGUGGUAUUUCGAAAAAUUUGGAUAUUAUUGGCACAACCGUGAAAGUUUUGGAUAUACAAGUGUAUUUAACCUAUUAAAUAUGCCUAUUUAGUUUAUUCAGGUUUGUUAUCCGGUAUUAUUCCAAAACGGUAUCCCGAAUCUGCCGGUACGGUUUUUUAACAAAAAAAUAUUAUUUAAUUACAAAAACGGUAUUUUGCCGGUACACAACGAUUGAACCACGAUAGUACCACAAAAUACCCUACCACUGGCUGAUCUGGUAUGACUUCCGUUACGGUUUCCUUUAUCAUGCCUGGAAUGUGGUAAAUGCAUAGGACAGUAUUAUUGUAUGAAAAAGUUUAGUAUAUAAUACACUAUUUACAUUAUA